AUGAAUACAGUUACAGAAAGAAAUAAUAACGAAUUAAAUAGUAAUACUAGUAAUGAUAAUAAUGUAAAUAAAAUAUCAAAUAGUAAUAAUAACAACAACAACAACAACCAAGAUUCAUUAUCACAAAUUGAUCAGCAUCAACAAGAUAAAUUUAAAUUAAAACAACAAAAACUUAAAGAAAGAGAAAAUUAUUUAGAGGAUAUUUUGGGUAAACAAAUUUCGGAUUUUGAAGAAGAGAUGGCAGAGCAAAUUAAAAAGAUAAAUAGUGAUCCUCAAAAUCAUCAUGAUGACGCCCACCAUAACCCAGUUCAAGAGGAGCACGAUAGAAUUGAACAUGAAAUUAAUGAAAUAAAGGGUGUUUACAAUAAAAGAAAUAUGGAAUUUCAUAAAGAUUUAAGAUUUGAAGGUCAAACUAGAAUGAGAGAAGGUUCAAUUUUAAAUUUAGAGAAACAAGGACUUGUAAAAGUAAUUAGUCAAAGAUUUCAAACACCAGAUACAGCAUCUUAUACUAGACCAGCAAUUUCAAAUAGUUCAAUUAAAGAUAAGAUUUUAAAUAUGAAAAAAGAACAAGAAAGAAAGAAAUUGGAAAUGGAAACUCAGCAGAGAGAAAAAGUUAUUAUAUUAUCAGAGGAUUCAUCUUCUCUUCAAGUAUACCAUCCAUCAGUUUUAAUCGAUAGAAUGAAUAGCAAACCAGGUGAUAAAUUAGAAACAGAUAAUAAUAAUUUAGCAACAACAUCCACAGAUAAUUCAGCCUCUGCUAAUAAUGGUAAUAAUAUUACAUCAGUAAAACCAAAUACAGCAGCAGCACCAAUAUUAGUAAAUUCACCAAUUAAACUAUCACCUUCAGCUUUGUCUACUCCAUCAACAUUAUCAUCUAUGCCAUUAUCACCAAUAGUCGCCAAUAAUCCAACUAAAAAUAAUAAUAAUAGUGGUAGUCCAUCAAAUAACCCAUAUAUAACAACAAAUACUAUAUCAAAAGAUAACAAAGAUAAAAUAAAAAAGGACAGCAAGGAAAAAAAUAAAGAAAAAGAGAAAAUCAAAAGUAAAGAAAAAGAAAAGGAAAAAGAAAAGAAACAACAGGUCAAGAAUGCUCCACCAAAUGAACUCAUUAGAAAGCGUAGAGGCAGAACAUUAAUUACUCCAUCCGUCGAUGCAAAGAAAAAUCUUCAAAUUUAUUUCACAAUUCCAGAAAAACCAAUCCAAAAAGUUAUACCAACCAAACCAAUAUUAAAACCAUUUACAUCGACAUCACAACAAUUUUUAAAGGAUUUGGUUAAAGAAUCAACUGAUAUUAAAGAAACAACAAGUAAAGUAGAGGGUUCAAGUUUAUCACUUUCAUUUGAAAGCGAAGGUUCUUCUUUGGCAAUAAAUAAUAAUGCUGAGGCAUCUUUAUUAAAUGUUACAUCUCUUAGGGUUAGGGCUUUAAAGACACCAUUUAAUAUAUUAUUUAUUUUACCAAAUCAAUCAAGAAAGACACUGUUAGUUAAAGGAACCGAUACAAUCGAAGUUUUAAAAGAAAGAUUAGCAUCAGAAUAUUUAGAAUCAUUUCCAAAAUCAAAUCGUUAUGGAUCAGAUUCAUAUUUACUUUUAGAUUUUAAUAAUACUCCACUAGAAAAAACCCUAUCACUCAAUAAAUGUGAAUAUAUUUUAGAAAAGAGAUCAAAAGGUUUAUUACCCAAAUUAAAGAUGAUCGAGAAAUCUGAUAUUUUGGAGGCCGAUUCAAGAGAGGAACUUUCACCACAAGAAUAUGAUAUCAUUCGUAAAAUUAUACCAAAUACCAGUAAUUUGAAGGGCGAUGAAGUUGAUUAUUUUAGAAGGGUUACAUCAAGACAAAGAUACGAAGCAUUACCACAUAUUAAAGGCUCCAUUCAAUCAACAUUGUUACCACGUCUCUCCAUUUUACCAAUUCCAAUUGUAGCUAAUAAAAUUUUAAUUUCUGUAUUUUUACCAAUCACUCAAGUCACCAAAACAUUAGAUUUAGAACCAAACGAAACGGCAGAUGCUUUUACAAACCGUAUUUUCGUAAAGAAUUACUCUAAACAUUUACCAAAUGUAAAUGCAUCAGAUUUUAUUUUAAAAGUUGUCGGUAGCUCAGAGUAUAUUCACGGUCCAUAUGAUAUUAGAACAUUCGAGUGUAUAAGAAAUCACAUUAUCCAAAGUACCAAACCACAACUUACACUUAUACAAAGACCAAAGAGUGAAUUAGAUCCACCUCCAUUUAAACCCAGAUUCGAUUUCCCACCAGAACUUUCAAUCGAUUGUGAAGUUUCAGAUUAUCGUACAGAUAUUUGGGAUCAAUUAACUCAUUUUUCAAUUAGAGAUAUAAAGAGACCAUUCUGUGUUAAAGUUUUAGGUUCAUCAAAGAUUCCAAUGAAUUGUGUUAAAGAUGAAGAUACAAGUAUUAUAGUUUCAAUAUCACUUUAUCAUGGUAUCGAUAAUUUUUCAAAAGUCUUUACAAGACCACUCAAUCCAUCAACCCCAUCAUUAUCAUCAGACUCUUUAGCAUUAGAUUGGAACGAGCUUUUAGUUUUCAAUAAUAUCGAAUAUUCAAAUUUACCAAUUGAUGCAAGACUUUCAAUUAGUAUUUACUCUACAAACGAUUCAGUAGAUGAACAAGAUAUAAGGAACCACGAUCAAUCCACUAAAAAAUUAACACCAAUCGGUUGGGCUAAUUUAAUGAUAAGCGAUUUCAGACACCAAUUAAGACAAGGUUUAGUUCAAUUAUCAUUGUGGCCAAAUGAAUUUUCAAAUCCAUUAGGUACAUGUUCAAAUAAUCCAAAUCCAAAUUCGGUCAAUUUAAUUUUAGAGUUUGAAGAGUUUGAUUUACCAGUAAUUUUCCCAAGAAAUAAAAAGAUACCAAAUGUAGAACCACCAACUAUCAAUUCAAACGAUAUGAGGGACUUUUUCGAAUCAAUCACCAACUUGGAUCCACUUUCAGAUUUAAAGCCAGACAAAUAUUCACAACUUUGGGCUCUUAGACAUUACGCAAUGUUAUUCCCAUCAGUUUUACCAAGAUUAAUGUUAAGUGUACCUUGGAUGCAAGCUGUAGCAGUCGAUGAGGCAUACAAUCUAUUAGAGAGAUGGCCAAGAUUAAAACCAUAUGAAGCUUUAGAAUUAUUAGAUGCAAAGCAUGCCAAUAGAAAAGUUAGAGAUUUUGCAGUUAGUUGCCUCGAAGAGUUAAGCGAAGAUGAACUCUUGGAUAUCCUAUUACAAUUGGUUCAAGUAUUAAAAUAUGAACCAUUCCACGACACUAAACUUUCAAGAUUCCUUUUAAGAAAAGCCAUUUUACAUCGUAGUAUAGGUCAUUCAUUCUUUUGGUAUUUGAAAUCAGAUUUACAUGUAUUAAAUCUUUCAGAAAGAUUUGGUAUUCUUUUAGAAAGCUAUUUAUAUGCAUGCGGUGCACAUAGAGUCGAAUUACUCAAACAAUUAGAUGUAAUCAAUAAUUUAACCGAUGUAGCUAAAAAGAUAAAACCUUUAAAAGAUCAAGAUAGAAAGGACUUUAUGCUUAAAGAACUUGAAUCGAUAGAUUGGCCAAAGAGAUUCCACUUGACUUUAAAUCCACGUUUAGAGUCCAAUGGUUUAAUCAUUAAUAAAAGCAAAUAUAUGGAUAGUAAGAAAUUACCACUUCGUUUAUCAUUUACAAAUACCGACAUGAACGCCGACCCAAUAGAGGUUAUUUUUAAAGCUGGUGAUGAUUUAAGACAAGAUAUGUUAACUCUUCAAAUGAUUCGUCUUAUGGAUAAACUUUGGCAAAAAGAAGGUCUCGAUUUAAAACUUUCACCAUAUGGUUGUAUUUCUACAGGUGAUAUGAUUGGUAUGAUCGAGGUGGUAUUAAAUGCAGAAACAACAGCAAAGAUUCAAAAGAGUGCAGGUGGUGCCACAGCAGCAUUUAAACUAGACCCACUUGCCAAUUGGUUAUUACAACACAAUAAAACAGAAAUCGAAUAUCAAAGAGCAGUCGAUACAUUCAUCCUUUCUUGUGCUGGUUAUUGUGUAGCUACUUAUGUACUUGGUAUCGGUGAUAGACACAACGACAAUCUUAUGUGUACAAAAUUAGGUAGAUUAUUCCAUAUCGAUUUUGGUCAUUUCCUUGGUAAUUAUAAAAAGAAAUUUGGUUUCAAACGUGAAUGUGCACCAUUUGUAUUCACCCCCGAUUUUUGUUAUGUAAUGGGAGGCAAAGAGUCACCCAAGUUUGCACAAUUUGUAAAUUAUUGUUGCACUGCUUAUAAUAUCCUUAGAAAGAAUGCAAAACUUUUUAUGAAUCUUUUUGCAAUGAUGGUAUCCACAGGUAUCCCAGAAUUACAAUCAAUGGAAGAUUUAAAUUAUCUCAAAGAAUCUUUCUCUUUAGAAUUAUCUGACGAUAAAGCUAGAGAUAAAUUUAUAAAUUUAAUUCACGAAAGUUUAUCAACUAAAAGAACACAAUUAAAUAAUGCAAUUCAUAUUGCUUUUCAUCCAUAAAAAUAUAACAAUUAUAAUUUAUAAUUUAUAAUAAUAUAAAUAAUUUAAAAAUAAUAUUUAUUUAAAAAAUUUAAAAUAUUUAAUAAUAAAAAUAAUAUAAAUAAACCAUAUCUUAUUUAUACAAUAAAAUUUAUAUAUUUUUUGUUGU